AUGGCUAACCGCCUGUUUGCAUCCAUGGUAGCCGUGCUUCUGGCAAUCAUCGCAAUCUAUUACCAGGAGCUUUUAAAUACAUUUUAUCCAACUGCCAACUUAAAGGUAGUGGACUCUGCACGAGAUAUCACGUACCUUGGCAGUCUAUCCUUUGCUGGAAUUGAACAUUUCCAGAACAUUUUCUACGCAGAGGCCCCCACGGGGCCGCGACGUUUCGCAGCACCGGUUCCAACACGACCGGUGAAAGGCUCUGUUAUUGACGCCACCCGGUCCGGUGCCUGGUGUCCACAAGGAACGGGGGAUAUACUUCCCUUCACGAGUAGUGUGACCAACAUUAGCGAAAACUGUUUGAGCUUGAGAAUUGCGAGACCGCCAGGAACGCGGAAAGAUGCCAAGCUUCCAGUUGCGGUUUGGAUUCAUGGAGGUGGCCAUGCUUUGGGCUCAGCUUCUGAUAUUCUUUAUGAGCCCGACGGUUUGGUAAAAUUGGCUGCUUCUGAUGGGCUGCCACUAGUAUAUGUUGGCAUAAAUUAUCGCCUGGGCUUAUUUGGCUUCGCAACUAGUGAAGCAUUGAUUGAGAGGAGAGACACAAAUGCAGGGCUGCGUGACCAGCGUGCUGCUUUGGAGUUGACUGUCAUCGGACAAAGUGUGGGCGCUAGUGAUAUUGGACUGCAGCUAACUGCCUUCGGUGGCGAUCAAGAUGUCCCAUUUCAGCAAGCAGUAAUGAUGUCAGGCGGCCCAAAUCUGAACUUCAAUAGCCAGCCAGACCUGGUUGCAAGUAACACGGCUGCUAUUUCACAGCAAGUAGGAUGUGGCGACGGGAAAGAUUUGCAAACACUAGAGUGCCUUCGAGGUGUUCCAUUCGAACAACUAACCAACCUAUCGGUUACUGCAUCUCGGGCAGCCCGUCCGCCUUUCGGCGAAGCGUAUUUUUACCCAACGAUCGACAAUGACUUCAUUCAAGAUAGACCCUCGCAGUUGACGCGUGCAGGGAAGUUCACCAAAGGCAUACCAAUAAUAGCUUCCUGGGUCACAAAUGACGGUGCUUGGUACGCACUGCCGACCACUGCGACAGACCACGAAGUUCUAGGGAGUUUCGGACUAUGGUUGCACAAACUUUCUGGAUCCACGAAAGAGAAGCUCUUACACCUAUAUCCUCUCGAUGACUUUGAACACAUGAUCAAGUCGGAGCAUGAGGGCCAAAUUUCACCGCAGUACUAUCGUGCUGCACAGAUAAAUCGCGACAUCUGGUUCACUUGCCCUGUUCUUGACUUUACGUGGCAGUACGUCAAGAAUGGGGGCGUCGGAGCCUCCCAGGUGCGGCUGUAUGAAUUCAACGAAACCAGAUACAUGCCAAUCUUUGAGUCUAUGGGUGUGUCGAUGUGGGGUGUUGCUCAUCUCAGCGAUAUCCCUUACCUAUUCUACAAUGACCACCUAAGAGCCGGUGCCGAUAAUUCUGACUCUCAGCUUGCGCUGGCUCGAGAUUUCAGCCGGAAAAUUAUUCAAUUCGUGCAUGGCGCUCCUAAAGGGGCGGACGAUCGACUUCAGUCAUGGCCGCCUGCCUUCUCGAAUGACCUUUCAAAAUCUUCAAUAGGCGAUGUCCCUAGCCAUAUCUCAGUGCGGCUGUUUGGUGGCCCUUAUGGUUCAGAAUCCGCUACAUGUAGCGACAGUACCAAUGAAGCUGACAUGGAAGUCAUGACAUAUGCUGAGAAAGCGCUUCAUUGGGAAAAGUUGUUCAGUCGCUGUGCAUUUCUCAAUGGCCAGCAAUUUAGAGAGGAAGCAGGGGUGUGA